UCUUCAUGCUCUGAAAGCAGAAAUCUUCCACACCAAGAACCGAACUUUUCAGGCGGCACAAGAAGAGGAGUCUCGAUGGAGUUGGCUGACAGAGCUGUUGGGCUCAUUUUAACAUUGACUAGUUUGUCCAUUUUUACAUAUUAUACCUUCUGGGUUAUCAUUCUGCCUCUAGUUGAUAGCGAUCAUUUCAUGCACAAGUAUUUUCUACCACAAGAAUACGCUAUUCUCAUUCCUGUAUAUGCUGCAGUGGCACUCAUCUGCUUCUUGAGCGUGUUUAUUGGAUACGUCAUGCUCAAGUCCAAGAAGAAGAAGGCAUGAUGUGGCUGCGGCAAGUCCAUUGUUUGCUCUAUCGAGUUCAUGAUAAUUGAUCAUCUUUUUGUAACAUCUUUU